AUGAGAUCACCGCAGUCAUUGCUCCUGUUGUUCAAAAGGAGGCACUCCUAUAUCACAACACCGAUUUUUUACGCCAAUGCCGCACCUCACAUUGGACAUCUUUACACCGCUGUCCUGUCAGACGCUGCUAGUCGUUGGCAGAAGUUGAGAGAUCCGGACGGCGUCCAUACAUUUGUCUCAGGCACUGAUGAACAUGGAAUCAAGAUUUUCCGUGCUGCUCAGAAAGCGAAGAAAGAUCCUCUGAGUUUCUGCGAUGAAAGUUCAAAGAGCUUCCGGAAACUAUUCGAUAGAUUCGGUAUCCAUACCACAGAUUUUAUUCGGACUACGGAGGAUCGCCACAAACGGUGUGUGGAAUAUGUCUGGAAGAGGCUAUAUGAUCAAGAUUUCAUCUACAAAGAUACCUACUCAGGUUGGUAUAGUGCUGUGGACGAGUGUUUCUUCUCUGAAAACGAAGUUGAAGAUUCGCCAAUAGGAAAGAUUGUGAAAGGCACGAAUCAUGUCGUUGAGUGGGUCGAAGAGCACAACUAUAUGUUCCGGCUAUCGAAUCUCAAAGAUGAAGUGAGGCGGUGGCUCAUGAAUUCAGACGUUAUCCAACCAAAGCACUAUCUACCACACGCAUUGAAUUGCCUUCGCAUACGAGGGUGA